AUUAAAAUAUUCUGUUAUUAUAACUCAUCCAUCUUCAUUUGUCUCCACAGAACCGUUUCCAGUCUGGGCCACAGUUCUACUGGUUCUACUGGUUCUACUGGUUCUGGGUCUGGUUGCUGCUGCAGUUCUUAUCCUGUUGUUAUGGCAUCGUUUCUCAGUCCACAGGGUGGAGGUGGAACCAGGGGUGGAGUCUGUUAAGCUGUCCUGGAGAUGGGGAGACCAGCUGGUGUCCUGCAGGUCCACAGCCUGUCUGCCUGCAGACAUUAGGGUGGAGUGGAGAGACAAAUGUAACAGGACGGUCCAUGUGCAUCAGAACGGUUCUGAUUGUUCUGCUAAACAGAACCAGCGCUACAAAAACAGAACCAAGAUGGAUAAAGACCUCAGUCUCACUCUGAGACGACCGACGUGUGAAGACAGUGGGAUCUACACCUGCAGCGUCUACAGCAGGAAGGGAGACGUCCUGAUGAAGAAAGAAUUUAAGCUGGAGGUCAAAGCCCAACAGGUGGAGGUGGAAUCAGGGGUGUGGUCUGUUGAGCUGCCCUGCACAACCACAGAGAGUCUGGAUGGAGACGUUAGAGUGGAGUGGAUGGACGGAGACAAGUGGAAGGUCCAUGUGUAUCAGAACGGUUCUGAUUGUUCUGAUGAACAGCAUGAGAGCUACAAAGGCAGAACCAAGACGGAUGAAAACCCACUGAAGACUAAAGACCUCAGUCUGACUCUGAUGAAUCCUACAUACAGUGACGUCUUCACCUGCAGAGUCUCCAGAGACGGAACCGUCCUGAUGAUGAAACAGGUUCAGCUGGAGGUCAAAGACCAACUGGUGGAGGCGAAGGAGGGGGAUGAGUCUGUUAAGCUGGAGUUCAAGGUGACCUUUGACCUGCUGGGGGGAGACAGAGUGGAGUGGUGGGACAAAAAAGAGAGGAUCGUCCAUGUGUAUCAGAACGGUUCUGAUCKGCCUGUAGAACAGGCUGAGUUCUACAAAGACAGAACCAGGAUGAACAAAGACGCUCUGGAGACUAAAGACCUCAGUCUGACUCUGAGUCGACCCAUUGAGAAAGAUAUCAGACGGUUCAGAUGUGGAGUUUAUAGGAACGGAGAACUGCUGAGAAUUAAAACUUUUCAGCUCAACAUCAAAGCAGGGACAGUCCAGGACCAAACAGAGGACACCAGGAAGCCACUGCUGGCUGAUGAAUCAGUCUGAUCAGGUUGAUCAUCUCUGAUCAUUGAUCCAGUCAGACUUUGGAUCAGAGCCGAUCUCAGUGAAGGUUCUGAUGGACCAACAGAGACACUUCCUGGCCCUCUGGUCCUCUGGUCCAGUCUGCAGCCUCUUAUUGAUCACUAUUGAUUAUUGAUGACAGAAUGAAGAUCUGAAGGAACUGAAUCAUUUCUGCUGCCUGAGGAACCAGUUCAUGACGGGAACUGGAACUGGUUUGGAUCCAUCAGGGAGGAGAAGAGUCCAGUCUGACCAGAACCAUCAUCAUCCUCUUCAUCAUCAUCAUCAUCAUCAUCAUCAUCAUCAUCAUCAUCAUCAUCAUCAUCAUCAUCAUCAACCACGACCACGUAGCUUUUCACCAAAGAAAACCUGGACCACCAAUAGAUCACGUUAAAUUAUUAUUCCAUG